AUGCAGUACAAGAAUGCCGAUGUGCGACGGCUGUAUGCAGAUCGAGAAGAUAUUGAUGUAGAGGAAGCGAGAAAUCUCUUCCUGAGGGACGAUAUCCUUCGAGCAGAGGAUGUAAGUGUCAUUUCUUAUUUUUGCAGCUCAUGUUUUACCUUUUGCAUGUGUUUUUUACUGAUUUUGACCUGUUUUUGGCUUCUAGGGAAAGAAAUUGUGCGUUUUCAUUGCUCUCCACAAACUUGAUCGAGAUGUUAUGUACGACUUGCUCGGUGAAAUGGUCGUGAAUCGGGCUAUGACUCAGUAAGUUGGCAUUUAUUUGGUUUUCUUGUUUUAGGAGGGAUGAGGAUGUCCAAGGCGGACAGAAGAUUUUCAGUCUUUUUGUUUUGGUGUUAAGUAUAAUAUGGGACCAAAAACGGAUUGUUUCGGACUUUGUUUUUUGAUGUAGCUGCUUGUUCGAGCAAUCAUAUGUCGGCUUCAAGGCAUUUUGGACUUUUGCUUGAAGUUUUUUCUGCGAGUUUAAAAGUUUUGACGUAUCUUUUCAUCAUGGUCAACAUCAGAAAUUAUUUAUAUUUAUCUUUUUUCUGGUACGCUGUCAUAUAGAUUAUAGAUGGAAUGUGUUACAGAGACCAUCUUUCUCGUAUUGGACGAUUUCUGGCACUUUUAUACGAUCGAGCUUCAGACGAUAUCAUCCUUCAAGGUGAAGAUUCUCAACAAGCCGAAGAUAAAUUGACGAAACAAUGGUUGGCCACAGUUUUUACCGAGUUUGUUGAUUUUAUUACUAUUUGCAAGGAUCGGGAGAUUGCUGAGAAAUUCGCGGCGGUAAGAAAUUCUUACAGUUGACAUUAAUAUUUUAGGUGUUCAAAUCAGCAGUUGACGAUCCGAAGCCCGACCUCAGCACAAUGCUCUUCACGGCCACGAUGAGAGUUUGGUCGCGAAUUGACGUAAGUCUAUUUGGUUUCUGUUUUGAUUUCUAGUCUCCCAACGAUCACAUUGCUUGGGGUGCCUAUUAUGUUCAACAGUGCGUCUAUCCGCCAAGAAGUGAGGAUAAGAUUCAGCAGGCGGUCUAUGAGGAGAAGCAUCAAGCUGCUUUCAUUUCUGCGCUCAAACAUCCUAGUGUUCCCAUUCGUUUGCAAGCUUUGGAGGGCGCCGUGGAGAAGGUCGUUUUCUGGUGGGACGACUUUCAAAAGUCGUACAGAUCUAAGUUUUUGGACGCUCUAUGCGAUCUGGCCAAGGAUUCGCAGGCCGAAUGUCGAGCGGCGGUUUUUAAGGUGAGUUUAAGAUUUUUGUCGUUUUUUUUUGAUUUUUAGGUAAACACGGAUUCAGAUUUGGGGCUGAAAUCUAAUGUUUUUGAUUUCAGUGCCUCAGAUUCUUUGCGUUGAACCCGGCAACAUCUUCCAAAGCAGCUUCUGAUUUAUUGCCAAGGAUCUGUAAAGAUGGCGUGGAUGACGUCAAAGAGAAAGUCCGUUACAAUUGCUGUAAAGCCAUGAAUUUUUUCGUGGAAAGAGCUAAUGUUACAGUAGGUUUUUGGACAAUGACUUUGACUAUUUUUUCACUCACAAAAUUAGUUUUUGUCUUUCUAGUUCAGCGGCUUCAUUGGUUUCGACGAUCUGUGUCAUCGUCUGGAUUUUGAAGAAAACGAGGCCAUCGAGCAAUGUCUGGUCAAGCUGAUCAAAACCAAGUCCCCAGCCGACUAUGGGCUUGUGCUGCAGAAGUUUGUCCAUAAAUUUGUGAAGAUCUCAAGAAAUGCCGCCCUCGACUACCAUCGAUUGCUCUUCUGCACUGGACUUAUCAAAUUGGAGGAUGCUUGUAAGUGUUUUUGAAUUUUUAGGUGUUUAGUAGCGUUUUAUGUUGGUUAGAAUGCAUUUGAAGACUAAUGAAAAUAAAUUUUUUAGUGAAGUACAUUGAGGCCCUUGUUGGUCUCAUCAACCCGUUUUUGGAGAAAAAAGACGAGUUCACGGAGGAAGAAGAGAUCGAAAGCUUCAACAGAAGUAGGUUUUUGCCUCUUUUUUCUUCAUUAUUUUAGAGGUAAACAUAAAAAAAGACGUCUUCGACUGCGCCAUCGUCCUCUACGCCACAAUUCAGCCCACAGCCGCCGCCUCGGACAACUCUCGAGUUCGCACUGACCUCUCGACAGUCAACCGCAUCUUCUCGGAGAUUGCGUCCACCAUUUUCGAGCUCUUUGAAUCCCAUGAAGGCCUCAUGGACUCGGCCUUAACGUUGGCCAGCCUGUCCCCGAACACGGUCCGAUUUCUCCCAAGGUUCUUCCUACAGGUGGAACGAGAUGUCCGUGGCGGAAAAAUUGUGGACAGGAAAAUCCAUGCCUUCGCCAUGAACGACAUGAACAGAUUCACUCAGAUUUUAUUGGAAGGAUUAACGCAAGUCCAACUGAGUUCGCAGAAAAUCGCAUCGAAAAAUAUCCCAACUCCCGCGAAACAGUCGAGACCGUCCAUCUUCUUGAAUGAAGUGGCGGUUAUUGAUGCGUUGACGGCAGUGUUGGACAAUCCAGCAACCUCAUCGUACCUUUUCAAUGUGAGUUUUGAAAAGAAAAAAAUUUGAAGAAAUUUUUUGUGGGAUUUUCUCAAAAUUUGGAGGACGUUUUUUUUUGAUACAGUGACGGACCUCAUCCAGUGACAAAAAACGUACCAUUUUGCAGCCGGGAAGUAUCAAAAAUGCAGCAAAAUACCUCCCUCUGCAAAUGAAAAACUCCGAUUUACAAAGCGCGCCAGCUGUUUUUGUGAGGGAAAAGGCGCGCCCAAAAUUUUUUGGUUGGAGAGGGAGGUAUUUUACUACAUUUUUGAUACUUCCCGGAUGUAAAAUGGUACGUUUUUGCCACUGGAUCAGGCCCGUCAGUGUAUCAAAAAAAAACGGCAUCCAAAUUUUGAGAAAAUAUGGCAUUGGCGUACUUUUGAAUUUUGGUUAUUCUAGGAAUACGAUUUCUUCGUCUCCCAAUUUAUCGAGAAGCUGGUUCAAACCAGAGACAACUUCAUGCUGGCCAGAAGGAAUGGCCGCUCAUCGAGGGACCUCCCAGAAGGCUUAUUUGGCCGCACAACGGACACAAUCGCGAUCUUGAGAAUAUUGAGUUAUGACAAGAAGAUCAGAGUGGAAGUCAAGGAAGAAGAAGAUAGUAAGAUUUUAAUUUUUUGGUUUUUUUGACAUUACCAUGGAUGAGUAGUACUUUUAUGAGGGUUAUGUUUCAUUUUGAAACUUUCAGCUCAACGCCGCAACCGGCGCGGACGCCGCGCGAGAACAGCUGAACCGGACGAACAAAGUCAGACCGGUGAAGCCGACGCCGACCCUCUUUUGUACGAAUCUGACUGGAUUGACACUCAGUUCGGCCUGAGCCCCCAAUUGGUUUGUCAGGCGGAGAUUGCCGAGACCCUGUAUAAUGCCCUCGGGCUGUAUGUGCGAAGCCAUCCACAUAAAGAAGCGACCUUGAAAAGAGUGCUGGCAACGAUUCAAAAAGUUCACGAAUAUGCCAUUGCCAACCCAAUCAGAGGAAAUCGGUCCACCAUAACGGCCUUUAACGAGUGUCAGAAGAGAAUUAAACACGCCUUGGAGAUUGUGGCGCCAACUGAAAAUAGACAGCAGAUCCCGACAAUUCAUGAAGAAGAUGAGGAGAAUUUGUCGAGAGAUGGAACGGUUGCCACCGUGGAGCAGAAUGAAGAAGGUAGGUCGAGUUUGGAGGGAAGAAUGAGAGUUUUAAACGGGUUUGGAGCAUUUUCCACGUUGAUGUCAAUGUCAUGGAUAACAUAUUUUUUUUCGAGACGGGCCUGAAUUUUGUAAAGGGAGUAGAAUGACGAAGAAAAAGGGGUUUUUGUGGAUGAAAUGAGAUAUUAAAAAAGAUUUUUGGCCAAAUUUUUGAAAUUUGAUGUCAUGGAUAAUAUAAUAUUUUUUCCAAAAAUAAUAUUAAGAUUGUUUAGAAGCCCCGCCAAUAGAGCCCUCGGCCAUCAUGGACGCCACAAUCAAGUCGGAACCGAACGUCGAAAAUUGCGGAGAGUUCUCGACCCUCCAGGAAAACACGGAAAAUGAACCGCCGGUUGAUCAUGAUACAUCGAGCAAAAUCGAAAAUGAAACGUCUUCUGAUCUCAAUGGAACACUCGUCGAAGGACCCUAA